AAUGGGUGAUUAUUAAUCAUACACACUAGGGUUUCAGACCUUCAGUUUGCUCGCUCUCUUGACGAGAAAGAAAACACGUCCUAUUUCUUCACUUCGGUAAAAUCCUCCGCAAAUGUCAAACUAUAUCUUCCGUUUUCUCAGCUAGCAAACAGAGACCGUGUAUUUGCCAUAACAGUUGGUGUGUUAAUUGUUUCAGACACUUGAGUUGGCACGAUGUCUGAUGAGUCCGAUUCACCUGCAAACAACGAGAACCUGAGCGUUGAGUCCAAGGAUAAGCAAGAGGGCGAGUUUGGUGACUCUGGCUCGGUCACUAAGAAGCCGAGAACUGAUGAUGCAUUUGACAGCCAACAAGAUCAAGGAUCGGAAGCUUCAAAAGAAGGAACCGAAAGGAACAGUUAUUUACAUGGUUCGUCGGAACGUAAAGAGGAAAAUCCAAGUGUGAACGAAGUGGGUUUUCAAAUUGAAGCAGAGGCGGCGGAAGACAAGGGUUCGAGACACACCAUGGAGGAUGCUUGGGUUGUGCUUCCUGACGCCAGCUUGGACUUUCCUGGAAAACUGAGAUGUGCGCAUUAUGCAAUUUAUGAUGGGCAUGGAGGUCGACUAGCCGCUGAGUAUGCACAGAAGCAUUUACAUAAAGAUGUUCUUUCAGCAGGCUUACCACGUGAGUUGUUUUACUCAUCAUGCUCUAUGAAAUUGCAGUUGGAUGUAAAAGCGGCCAAGAGAGCUAUACUUGAUGGCUUUCGACGAACUGACGAGACCCUCAUUCAAGAAAGUGCUGCAGGUGGUUGGCAGGAAGGUGCUACAGCUGUAUGUGUUUGGGUAUUAGGCCAAACAGUGUUUGUUGCUAAUAUUGGGGAUGCAAAAGCAGUUGUAGCGCGGUCAUCUGCUGCUGAUGGUUUCAAGAAUACUUUAGAUGGAGUAACUCCAUUGAAGGCUAUUGUUUUGACAAGGGAACACAAAGCCAUCUACCCACAGGAACGUGCACGAAUUCAGAAGGCUGGUGGCUCUGUAAGUUCUAAUGGACGACUUCUAGGCCGGCUCGAAGUUUCCAGGGCCUUUGGUGAUCGGCAAUUCAAAAAGGUGGGUGUCAUCGCAACACCAGAUAUUCAUUCUUUUAACCUUACAGAGCGAGACCACUUCAUUAUUCUUGGCUGCGAUGGCCUGUGGGGGGUAUUUGGACCAUCUGAUGCUGUUGAGUUUGUUCACAAGCUGCUAAAGGAGGGCUUGGCAGUUGCAGCUGUGAGCCGACGCCUUGUUAGGGAAGCUGUCCGGGAGCGCCUGUGCAAAGAUAACUGCACUGCUAUUGUUAUUGCUUUCAAGCGCAAGUAGUUAGAAGGUGCUCAAAUUCUGUCGUGGUGUUCAGUUUCGUGCUCUUUGCCAGCUUAGUUACGUGGUUUUGUUGCCGUCGUUGUUAUGUUGUUCUUUUGUUUUUGGGCAGUGUGGAAGAAAGAUACACGGUGUUGUCGUCGUAGCUUAUUGCGCAAAUCUAAUCUGUUGUAUGGGUUCGUAGAACACUUAAACAUGAUGUGUCCCUUUUUUGUUGUUUCCAAGGGUCUUUCGUCACUGAACAAAAAUGACUGAACCCAGUGCCAAGGCUUGCAUAAUGUACGAGAGGUGGAGUCUAGAA